AUGUAAUCAGUGAGCUAAAUUUCUAAAUCUGAUCCAACUCGUUAUGGUGAUUCAUUUAAACCUGCUGCAAGAAAAAUGACUCAUCGGUUAUUGUCUCAUAGCGAUAACGAGAUGUCUCUGAAGAAAAUGGACUUUACUUUGGCUGGAAGUGGAAAACAAAUCCCAGAUUAUAACAUCAAAUUAUCAUAGCUUGAAUCAAAACAAAUAGAACCAUUUAAAAUAAAGGAUUUUAUACCAUUGAUCAAUCCAACCAUCAAAUGUGAAUUGAGUCGCCUAAAUAAAAAUAAUUUCUUAGACUUUCUUUUAAUUUAGAAGGCUGGCAAAGUAAAAAGUUACAAUUCAUUAGUAUUAGUCUGGGGAUCAGAAGUUCUUUGAUCUUUUAAUUUAAUAAUACAACUUUGAUCCUUUUAAAAAAACCUUAAAGAAGCAUGAAAAUAAAUAAUAAAUCUAAUAUCUCUAAAAACGAGAUGAAAGGGAAGAAUAAAUUGCCUUGCAGGUUAAGCAAUUUUAUAAACAUAUGUAACACAAAAGAAGCGGCACAAUUAAUUAAUAACCUUUAGAUCGUAUGAUCAUUGAAAAAAAUAAUUAUUUGAUCCAAAAACUACCACGCUUUAGAGCUAAAUUAGAGGCUUUGUAAGGAAAAAAUGAUUAUAUAUGA